ACCCAAAGAUAUUACACACCAAGAUAGAGCAUAGUGAGAGAGAAAACGUCCUCGAAAUAAGAUAGCUAUAUGUUUAUAUUCUGAUCAAAACCAAAACAAUAAACCACAUACAGCGAUUGGUUGAAAAGACUCGUGUUUUCCGAAGUUAUCCGAAGUGAUGAUCAAAACCAAAACAAUAAACCACAUACAACGAUUGGUUGAAAGAAUCGUGUUUUCCGAAGCUAUCCGAAUGAUGCUGAAUUGUCAAGCAGCGUUGGCAAUAUUUUUGGAAAAGUAUAUAAUCCCAGGUUUUCGCUUCCGUUCGAGAGGAAAUAUGACAUAAUUAUUUCAAUGUAAAAUGUAUCGGCUAUUGAAUAAAUGAUAAUACUGACAAUACUAAUGCUUGAUGAAUUCAGGAUAUGUUCUAAGCCAAGUUACAUAAUGAAAUUAUGUUCAUAAAUUUAAUAUAAAAAAAUAAGGAGAUGACGAAGAAAGAAGUUUGGCAACGUUGUUUAUUCAACAACCCACUUCGAAUGGCCACAUGUUUACAUAUUCUCGAAUCUUGAAUGAUACAAACGUUAUUGUUGGACGAUUUACGUGAAAACGGUGUUAGACAAUAACUAGAAACUGCAAAAAUGGUGAAUCGCUGUGUGGUGUGCAAAAAAAUCAGCAGUAAAAGCAAUGGAAAUCCAUGCACCGAAUCUUCCAAAUGGGUAUAUGUUUGCUCUGACCAUUUCUGUGACGAAGAUUUCAUCCUUAAAUUUGGAAAAAAAUGUUUGAAAACGGAAGCUAUUCCAUCCAGGAUUUCAUUGCCUGAUCCUUGUUCAAGUAACACAUUAGCGGCUUCAGACGAAAGGUAUAUGACCCAGGACCCAUCAGAUGUUGGUAAAGUUGGGGAGUCCUCAAAAUUGAUUGGUUCUGAAUUAUCAGAAACUUCAGAUUUGUCUGCUACCGCAAGUGCUUCAGAUUUAUCUGCCACAUUGACUGCUUCCGAUUUAUCUGCUACAGACAUGUCUGUUGCUUUGGCCGCUUCAGAUUUAUCAGGCAAAGUGGAUUCCUUAGAAGUAUUUGAUACUGAAAAAUUUGCAGCACCACAUACAAAAACUUCAUGUUGCACAUCGACUGCUUCAGAUGGAAGGAGUGUGACCCAGACUCUCUCAGAUAUUGGUAGAGUAGAGGAAUUUCCAAAACUGAGUGGUCUGAAGUAUCUAAAACUUUAA